UCAAUGUUCUGAUUAGUAUUUGUGCGCCGCUGACUUUGUUACGUUCGGAAAAACUAUUGGGAAAAACUCCAAGAGCAAACCAAGUGUGGAAAUUUUAACAAGUGCAAUUUCGCAAUAACAGUAAUUUUUGUGCAAAUAAGAAACCGUUGAACGAGUGAGUUGAUAAAGUGUAUUGUGAAAGUGUGCAAACCUUAUCGGGGAAUACUGUUGGCAUUUUAAAAGGAAAAAUUACAACAAGUGUUUGAAGUAAAUCAGCAUCCAGUGGAUAUAACACUUAAAAAUUUCAUAAAUAUGGGCUCCAUACCGAAAUUGUCAAUUGUAAAAGGCCAACAGCAGGACAUAACGCCACGUCCUUUGCAUCGCAUUUUCGAGGCCAACCUCCUACAUCAUUCACACAAAAGUGCGUUGAUCACACACAAAAAUGCCGGCGGCACAAUUACCUCCGAAGCCACACAAUGCACCUAUAAACAACUAAAUCAAUUAGCCAACCAAUGUGCGCGCCUACUGGUGAGCGACAUAAAACGUAACUGCUUGGAGCCGAACACAGAUGGAGAUUACAUUGUGGCGGUUUGCAUGGAACCAUCAGAUGCACUCGUCAAUACGCUGCUCUCCAUUUGGAAAGCCGGUGCCGCUUAUCUGCCAAUAGAUCCCACUUUUCCGCUCAAUCGCAUACAACACAUACUCCAGGAAGCGCGUCCCGUUAUGGUGCUAUGUGAUGACAAUAUUGAGCGUGAACGUUUCAACGAUACACCGACCAUCAGCAGCUCGGAACUCUUUCAUCGUUCUGCCGAUUUGAGUAAUGCUAAUUUAUUACCAGCUGAAAUGCUUGCUGACGGCGCAAAUAAUUUGGCCAUUGUUCUGUACACCUCCGGUAGCACUGGUGUGCCGAAGGGUGUGCGUUUACCGCAUGAGGUCAUCCUAAAUCGUUUGCAAUGGCAAUGGCAUACAUUCCCUUAUGCGUCCACAGAGCAGGUGAGCGUUUUUAAAACUGCGCUAACAUUUGUCGACUCCGUCUCCGAGCUGUGGGGCCCACUUAUGUGUGGUCUUUCGAUUUUGGUUGUACCAAAAGUGAUAACUAAAGAUCCCGAACGUUUGGUGGAUCUAUUGGAAAAAUAUAAAAUACGUCGUUUGGUUUUGGUGCCAACACUUUUGCGUUCGAUUUUAAUGUAUUUAAAGUUGAAUGAUGACAAUACCAAGCGUCAGCUGUUACAACGCGAUCGCCUGUUGUAUAAUAUGAAGAUUUGGGUUUGUUCCGGUGAACCGUUGCCAGUAGCUUUGGCUACGAGCUUCUACGACUACUUUGCUGAGGGCGUACAUACAUUAUUUAACUUUUACGGAUCCACCGAAGUGAUGGGCGAUGUCACUUAUUUUGCUUGUGAAAGUAAGAAGCAGUUGAGCUUCUUCGAUCAUGUACCAAUUGGCAUACCACUUUCCAACACUGUCAUCUAUUUACUCGACAGCGACUUCCGACCAGUCAAACAAGGAGAAAUCGGUGAAAUCUUCGUUUCAGGACUCAAUUUAGCUGAAGGUUAUGUAAACGGCAGAGAUCCAGAAAAAUUUGUAGAAAAUCCAUUAGCCGUGGAGUUUAAAUACUCCCGACUCUAUCGCACUGGCGAUUAUGGAUCUCUACGUGAUGGCAAUGUUAUGUACGAAGGACGCACUGAUUCGCAGAUUAAAAUACGUGGUCACCGCGUUGAUCUUGCGGAAGUUGAGAAGAAUGUUUCGGAAUUGCCGUUUGUCGAUAAGGCAAUGGUAUUAUGUUAUCAUGCAGGAAAAAUUGAUCAAACGAUUUUGGCAUUUGUCAAACUACGCUACGAUUCGCCACUAAUAAGCGAGUUGCAAAUCGAAGCGAAAUUAAGAAGCAAACUUGCUGAGUAUAUGACACCACAGGUUGUUUUAAUCGAUAAAGUGCCUUACCUUGUCAAUGGGAAAGUGGAUCGGCAGGCACUACUCAAAAUGUAUGAAACAGCAAAUAACAACGAGGGUGACUCGAGUAUUGUACUCGACUACGAUUACUCACUGGUGCCGGCAGAGAUUAAGCACAUAGCUGUGGAUCUCUUUGAGACCGUGGGCGGUGUGAUUGGACGUUCUACACGCACUACUUUGACGCUACGCAGCAACUUUUACGAAUUGGGUGGCAAUUCGUUGAAUUCGAUUUAUACCGUGACUUUGUUGCGUGAAAAAGGCUAUAAUGUGGGAAUAUCUGAAUUUAUUGCGGCAAAGGAUUUAGGUGAAAUAUUGGAGAAAAUGGUGAAUAACCGUAAUGCGACGACAAUGGUCGAAGACUGGAGAGGUGCUGCACCACACCUAGAUAUGACCGCUGAACCGCUCAGUGAUGUACACAGGCGAGAAGUGAUUGAUAUCAUAGUUGACAGCUUCUAUGGCAAAGCGGAUCUUGAACAGUGGUUGAAGCCCGAUAUAUAUCCAAAUGAUUACAGUGAUUUGAUAAGUGACAUUUGGAACGCCUUGGUUGAGAAGAAUCUCAGCCUGAUUGUACGAGAUAAGCGCUCAAAUCGUAUAAUUGGUACAGCUUUGAAUUUCGAUGCUCGCGCUGAGCCAGAAGUUGAGGUUAAGUCGAAAUUAAUUAUCGUUUUCGAAUUUUUGGAAUUUAUUGAAGGACCUAUAAGGGACAACCAACUACCCAAGGGCCUCAACAAAAUACUGCACUCAUUUAUGAUGGGCACCAGUUCGGAUUUGAAUCCACAAGAGAAUAUUGCCUGCAUGCAUUUCAUGGAAAACGAAGUGUUACGCGUUGCCAGGAGGAAAAAGUUUGCCGGCAUUUUAACCACUAAUACAAGUCCCUUGACACAGCAAUUGGGCAACGAUGUCUACAACUACAAAACCUUAUUGGACUAUCAAGUCAAUCAGUAUGUUUAUAACGAUGGCACGAGACCCUUUGGAAAGGCGCCUGAUUCACAACGCGCCAUCGUUCACUGGCGUGAGGUGACUGACUGAGAAGAAAUAGAAAAAUCUUUCGUCCGCCGUAACAAGCAAGGCUUUCAAAAGGAGAUAAUCAUUUUUAAAUACAUAUUUAAAAUUAGUAAUGUUUACUGAGACUUCCAAAGAGUGUAUGUUUCAUUUUUUCGGUGCUUAAGCUGUCCAAAUGGUUUUAAAGCGCUGAUUUCAAAUUAUAUUUCGGUUUUAUCCAACUUUUCUUUGACGUUGAAAUUACAGUGAAAUUAUGUUAUUAGACAUGUAGAAUUAAGUUAUUUUAAUUUAUAAAACUUAUAUUUUUAUUCAUACUUUGUCAACGCGUUCGUUAACAGUUUUUGUUUCCAUCACAUACACGUACAUACAUACGAUAUGUUUAUUUGAAAUUCGAGUUUGAAAGUGGUAGUGUCGGGAGAAGAGAUCAUACUAACCAUUAUUUCAUAUACUCGUAGUAUUAUUUUAUUUUUCCCAUACACAUAUUAUCAUAAUUGCUAUUUUACUUAGUGGAGAAUAUUCCAAACAGUUGAGUUAGCGUAAAUGCAUGUACCUGUUGAACACAUAAAAAAUCAUCUAUUUAUAUCAAUAAGUUUACCACAUCUUGUAAAAAUGCGAAAAUCCAAUAAAAUUGCAAUAAAGAAAUGCAUAAAUAUAAA